ACUUGACACGUCAGUUCAACCAACACACCGGUAGGACACGAUGCCUCUCAGACUAGAUAUAAAGCGCAGACUGUCGGCACGGUCUGACCGUGUCAAGUGUGUCGAUCUACACCCAACAGAGCCGUGGAUGCUGGCUAGCUUAUACAAUGGGAAUGUCCAUGUAUGGAAUCAUGAAUCCCAGACACUUGUCAAGUCCUUUGAAGUUUGUGACUUGCCUGUCCGGGCUGCAAAGUUUGUUCCCCGGAAAAAUUGGGUUGUGGCUGGUUCGGAUGACAUGCAGAUCCGGGUCUUCAACUACAACACCUUAGAGCGAGUUCACGCAUUUGAGGCACACUCGGAUUACAUCCGAUCUAUUUGUGUUCACCCAACCCAGCCCUACAUACUUACAAGCAGCGAUGACAUGUUGAUCAAGCUCUGGGAUUGGGACAAGAAAUGGAACUGUGCCCAGGUCUUUGAUGGCCACACCCACUACGUCAUGCAGAUUGUCAUCAACCCCAAGGAUAACAACACCUUUGCCAGUGCCUCCCUGGACAGAACAGUCAAGGUGUGGCAGCUUGGGUCCAGCACUCCCAACUUCACCCUGGAAGGCCAUGAGAAGGGUGUGAACUGUGUGGAUUACUACUGCGGGGGAGAUAAACCAUACUUGGUGUCAGGGGCUGACGACAGGUUGGUCAAGAUAUGGGAUUAUCAGAACAAGACUUGUGUCCAGACAUUGGAGGGUCAUGCUCAGAACAUCUCCUGUGUCAGCUACCACCCAGAGCUGCCAAUCAUUAUGACCGGAUCGGAAGAUGGCACCGUGCGUAUCUGGCAUGCCAACACUUACCGUCUAGAGACAACACUGAAUUAUGGAAUGGAAAGAGUAUGGACCAUUGCCAACAUGAAGGGAAGUAACAACAUAGCACUUGGCUACGACGAAGGAAGCAUCAUCAUUAAGCUCGGUCGGGAGGAGCCAGCUAUGUCCAUGGAUUCCAGUGGCAAGAUCUUGUGGGCCAAGCACGCAGAGAUACAGCAGGCUAACCUCAAGACCAUGGGAGAUUUGGAGAUCAAGGAUGGAGAACGUUUGCCUCUGGCCAUCAAAGAUAUGGGCAGCUGCGAUGUCUACCCACAAACAGUCAGCCACAAUCCCAACGGCAGGUUUGUGGUUGUUUGUGGCGAUGGAGAGUACAUCAUUUACACAGCGAUGGCCCUCCGUAACAAGAGCUUUGGCUCUGCACUGGAGUUUGUCUGGUCACAUGACUCAUCUGAAUAUGCGACUCGAGAAAGCAACACUCUUGUUAAGAUCUACAAGAACUUCAAAGAAAAGAAAUCUUUCAAGCCAGAUUUUGGCGCUGAAGGAAUUUAUGGAGGCUACUUGUUAGGUGUCCGUUCAAGUAGUGGUCUUGCAUUCUAUGACUGGGACUCCACUGAGCUCAUCCGAAGAAUUGAAAUCAUUCCAAGACAGGUGUACUGGUCAGAGAAUGGCGAUCUCCUCUGCAUAGCAACGGACGAGUCGUACUUCAUUCUCAAGUACAGCUCAGAAGCCGUGGCCAAGGCACAGGAAACAAACGAAGGGGUGACAGAAGAUGGCGUAGAGGAAGCGUUUGACGUGGUUGGUGAGAUUGAAGAGAUUGUCAAGACAGGUCUGUGGGUGGGUGAUUGCUUCAUCUACACCAACUCACUCAACAGGCUCAAUUACUACGUCGGAGGGGAGAUUGUCACCAUCUCGCAUCUAGACAGAGUGAUGUAUCUCCUUGGUUACAUCGCCAAGGACAACCGCCUCUACCUUGGCGACAAGGAGCUGAACAUCAUCAGCUACUCUGUCCUCCUGUCGGUACUGGAGUACCAGACGGCCGUCAUGCGGCGCGACUUUGAGACGGCUGACAAGGUCCUACCAACAGUGCCCCGGGAGCAGCGGACGCGCGUGGCUCACUUCCUGGAGAAGCAAGGUUUCAAGUCACAGGCCCUUGCUGUGUCAUGUGACCCUGAGCACCGGUUCGAGUUGGCCCUGCAGCUGGGAGAGCUGAAGAUUGCCUAUGACCUUGCCUUGGAGUCCGAGGCUGAAACGAAAUGGAAACAGCUCGCCGAACUAGCGACAACCAAAUGCGAGUUCCGUCUUGCCCAGGAAUGCCUUCACAAGGCGCAGGACUUUGGCGGCCUGCUGCUAUUGGCUAGCUGUGCUGGAGAUGCCGACAUGGUCGGCAAGCUUGCUGACACCGCCGACGAGAAGGAUAAAAACAACGUUGGAUUCUUGGCCUAUUUCAUGCAGGGAAAACUUGAGGAGUGUUUGGCUCUACUCUGUAAGUCGGGGAGAUACCCAGAGGCAGCUUUCUUUGCCAGGACUUACAUGCCAAGCAAGAUCUCAGAGAUCGUGACAUCGUGGAAGGAAAGUCUGGGGAAAGUCAACAAGAAAGCCGCUGAUGCCUUGGCAGACCCCACCCAGUAUGAGAACCUGUUUGUUGGUCUCAAGGAGGCAUUCAAGGGAGAAGAGUACCUCAAGGCAACCAAGAAAAACUACCCAGCCAGAGCCUACCCAAAGCUCCCUAGCAACUCAGAUAGAGAUAUCUUGGAUGAAAUGGAAGAGGCCACAGCAAGUGGAACAUUUUCAGAGGACCAAGUAUUGCCGGACGAACCAGAGAUGGCCGAACUGGAGGCUGACCAACCAGCAGCAGCAGAGCCAGCUGCGACAAAGCAACCCCCAGCAGCAGACCCACCCGCAGCCCCGCCUACCAAAGCUCCACGCCCCAGGACCCCUGACGAUGACCUGGAUCUAGACCUGGAUGACCUCAACAUCGAUGAUAAUUUAGACACAGGGGACAUCAACCUAGAUGAUGACUUCUUAGAUGCCUAAGUAGAUUUCCUAAUGCUUCUUGACAGACGGUGAUCUUCUCAAAGGUGUCCAGAGGAAUGUCAUCAAAUGCUCUCUUUUCUCCCACAACCAGUUCGAGAGAAAUUGAAAUUGACUUCCCAUGUUCGUCCAGACAGCACUUCCUGUAGCUGAGCCGUCAUCCUGUAAACAUUUUCAGUACAGGAAUCCAUUCAUACAUACAUACACGUAUCAAUGCAUUCCAAGAAUCUGAAUUUUAAAGAAAAUUCACUAAGGUAAAAAGAAGUCUACUUCCUUUGGAUCACGGUUAUCUAGCUGUUGCCACCUGUACAGUACAUUCUACGUUGCCCAGCAGUUUCAAAAUUUGAUGUUCCAUACUCAUUGUUAGAGUUAAGAGGAUUUUCCGCAGAUUUUUUUUUUUACAGAAAUUCUUACUGGGGAAAAAGGAUGCUGAAUUUGUCACUAAUCUCAAAUAAUCCUUUUUUUUUUUUGCACUUCUGCUAUGCUUAAGUGGCAGCGCACCUCCCCCCAAUAAAUGGAAAUUUUAUUACAUGUAACUUUAACUGGCGAGUUAGUUUCCGUGAAUUUCUUAAUCUUUCUCAUGAGCUAAAAACUUUCACAUUCUGCCCGUCCCUUUUCUUUUGUUUGAUUUUUGUUCAGCAGUUUGGGACUGUCUUAUCACAUAAGGGGAAAAAGUAAUCAAUUGAGAUUUUAAAGUAAAUGCUGUAAGAGGUUGUUCAUCGAAACUGGUGUACUGAAGAAUGGACAAAUAUCGAAAUGGUACCAAGAAUUACAUGUGAUGAUAGACAGUUCUUGCAAUUUGAACCCACUUUUGUUAAAUGAGUAGGGAACAUUGAAAUGACAGCAAGGCUAAAGAUAUCGUUUAAUAUUUAAAACUGACAAAAAUGUCUUAUAUGUAGCCUAGUUGAAUUCAAGUAUGAUGCAUUGAUAUACUGCUCUAUUCCGAAUAUUACUUGGUGACAAGGGAACCCAAAGUUAAAAGUGUUGAAUGACUGUUACGCUGUAUGAAAAAAAUACAGUGAACCUGUACAUGUAUGUCUAUGUUUUUGCUUUCAGUUUAGGUUUCAAGGUCUUUUACCUGGCGAAUCAAGGUAGUUCUUUGGAUCUCGUGUGUACAGAACGGGAGAAUUUAUCACAAGACUGUUUUGGUUCCAAUCAUGAAAUUGAAAAUGCUUGAAAUGUCCGUCAAUAAAAAGGAAAACAGCAGACUUCCAGGUGUUCACCUUUUGAAGUUGA